AUGAGAUCGAAAAUCCCUGGUCGUAAAAAUACCAACAGUAUUAUGGAACGAACGGUUCUUCAUUUUUUCAUGCUUUUAACCAGCACUGGAAGUCAUAAAGAAACAUCCGGCUGCUUUGUGAAGCUCUUUUAUUCCAACUAUUGUACCCUACGCAACAUUGUUGAGAAUGAUGAAACACUUAGCGAAAGUAACGAAGGUGACAUACCCAGUGCCAGUUACAAAAUGGGAAAUCCCGACAUCUCUUGUUUUUUAAUGAUCUCUUCAGCUUGUACAGACGAAUAUAUACCGACAUCGGUUAGGGAAAUAGCCGAGGUUCAUGUUGGAGGCUCGAUUUUAGGAUACUGCGGUUAUAAUAUUCUAAUAAGUAAUUUAACACUCAUAGGCAGUUGCUUACCCACUACAGGUAGCUGGAAUGGAGGAGAUAUACGUAAGAUUCGGAUCUCAAUUUCUACUUACACAAUGUGGGCAAGUACUCCACCACAAAUUUAUCCUGAUCUUCUUCAGUUAUUUAACGUACAUUUACUGGGUAAUGAUGUUUCAUCAUAUGAUGAUGAUAUCAUCCCUGCAGUAAAUACAUGGCACCGGGUCUAUGUUGAAAGCAGUAUUUAUAUUUUCAGUUAA